AUGGACACACUGGCGUCAACGCAGCUCCCGCAACCCGGGACGCGGGCCAUUGCCUUUGUAGGCGGCGCUGAGUCCAUCAUGCAAUGCGCUCUGUCCGUCCGCGAUGAUGAGACAUAUGCGCUGCUUGAGGGCGACAAGGCGCUGCGGGCCAAGGUUCACUCGGGUAUGGUGGCGUACAUGCGGUUCACGCUGCGGCGGCUGAGUAGCGACGUUGCUGAGCCCAACCUGGGCAUCACGUGGCAGGCUGUGGAGCCGGGGCUGGUUGGCGGCGUCAUCGCCAUCCAUGUCGAGUACAAGCGGGCAAAGCUUCUCCCGCGCCUGGCUUGGCGGAAGGUGCGAUCCUCGGGGCAGCCGAUGCCAGGUGCCGACUUCAAGUUCCGGGCAACGCUGGCGGCGGUGCCCACCACAGCCCGGCCGCGGCUUGUUGUCAACCCGGCGGUGGCGUCCAAGGAGAACGCAGCGCCAACGCCAGGCUCCAAGCGGAAGCGGGAGGACGAGGCCGACUCGGAUCUGGAUCAGGGGGACGGAGGCCGGCCAUCCAAACGCCCGGGCCGGGACUCGCGCUCAAAGGCCAAGACAUCCUCAUCCAACAAAAAGACGGUGAGCAAGAAGAAGUCGGUGAGCAAGAAGAAGUCGGUGAGCAAGAAGAAGUCGACGGCAAAGAAGUCGACGGCAAAGAAGAAGUCGACGGCAAAGAAGAAGUCGACGGCCAAGAAAAAGUCGGUGAGCAAGAAGGCGGCCAAGGGCGACGACGGGAGCAGUGGUGUUGCUGAUGAUGCCACCGAGGCAGGAGCAUCGGCGCAGCGUCGCUUGUUGCGGCCGUCGAGAUCGGCGUCGCGCAAAGUCAGGGAGAUGGAAGCAAUCUUGAGCAACGACAACGGCGCCGCGAGCGAUGACUCGGAGACAGAGUUUCUCACUCGCAAGCGCACGGCGGGAAAGAGCAAGAAGAAGCCUGCAGCAAAACCGUCGCGGACAUCAGGCACGAAGCCGUCACGGACUUCGGCCUCGUAG